AUGAACGACGCUGUAGAAGAAAAGCAUGCGCACUCCGCCGUGGAUGCUGAGGCUCGCACUCGAGAACCUUUCAUCAAUCCAUCAGGCCAUCCUCAAGAGCUCGAGCGCAACUUCAGGCUCAUCAACAUUUGCGGCUUGGGAAUCACGAGUGGGAACACUUGGAUUGCCCUGGGUGGGAGUAUCGUCGUGGCAAUCUACAAUGGUGGACCGCCGGGUGUUAUUUAUGAACUAAUUGCAACAUCUAUCUUCUACUGGUUCAUCGCCGCCUCUAUUGCCGAGCUGGCGUCAGCAAUGCCAUCUUCUGGCGGAGUCUAUCACUGGGCGUCUGUGACUGCAGGCCGAUAUGGACGCGUCUGUGGCUGGUUCGCCGGUUGGUGGAAUUUCAUUGCGUGGAUCUUUGGAGCCGCUUCAACCGCUCAGAUUGUGGGAGCCCAAACCGUGUCGAUGUACGCCCUUUUCCAUCCCGACUUCGACAUUCAGAGAUGGCAUGUUUUCGUCGCUUAUUUGAUAUGCACAUGGGUGUGCUGCCUCCUCGUCGCACUAGCGAAUAGAGCGGUUCCUACUAUCGAAUCGCUAGGCGGCUUCUUGGUUCUCGCUGGCGUUUUCGUCACCAUCCUGGUUUGCGCGAUCAUGCCCCACGUCAAUGGCAAGCCUUAUGCAUCCGAUGACUUUGUCUGGCGCGACUGGCAGAAUGAAACCGGAUAUGCCAGCAAUGGUUUUGUUUUCUGCCUGGGGAUGCUGAACGGAGCCUUUGCCGUGGGCACGCCGGACGUCAUCUCUCAUCUGGCCGAAGAAGUGCCUCGCCCUGGUAGAAAUAUCCCCCUGGGUAUUCUGGCGCAAUACGUUCUCGGAUUCGUCACCGCUCUUUGCUACGCCAUUGCCCUUUUUUAUAGCAUUAACGAUCUGGAUGCUGUACUAAAAAGUUCCUAUCUGUUUCCGCUGACAGAGAUCUAUGUUCAGUCGACGGGAUCGGCGGGUGGAUCUUUAGGUCUUCUAAUUCUUGCGUUCUUGCCCUCGAUUGUCGCCGUGAUCGGGUGUUAUCUGACCUCCAGCCGUGUGUUGUGGACUUUGGCACGCGACAAUGCAACGCCGUUCAGUAGGUUUAUCAGCCAGGUGGAUCGAAAACAACGGAACCCUUUCAAUUCGAUUAUUCUUUGUGGCGUUAUCUGUACAAUUCUGGGCUGUAUCUAUGUAGGCAGCUCCACUGCUUUCAGCGCCUUUGUUGGCUCCUUUGCCGUGUUGUCUACUCUUUCGUAUCUUGCAGCCAUCCUCCCGCACCUACUGACUAAGAGGGCGAACGUCACACCGGGCUGGUUUUGGAUGAAAGGGUUUCUAGGGUUUCUCGUCAAUACGGUUUCAUCUCUAUAUAUAAUAGCCUUUGUGAUCAUCUUCUGCUUCCCGUUCUCCCUGCCCGUUGAUGCUGAAACGAUGAACUACGCGAGCUUGAUCACAGGCGGGUCCUCCAUUUUUGUUAUGGCGUUUUGGUUCUGGCGCAAAGGAGAUUAUGUUGGACCGCAACAUGUCUCGCUGGAGAGUGCUCUACUUGCUGAAGAUGCUAUAUAA